UUUCCGAUAUUUCUUUGGAUUUCACUGUUUUUGUCGUGGAAUCCUCUUCACAAUGAUAUACAGAAUGGUUUAUCCCUUGGCCUUUAAUUUUUUUAUGUCUUUAGCGACCUUYCUAUUGUCGAUAAAGAUCAUUCCGCGGAUCAAGGGAUUAUUUCUUGCUGCAGGAAUGGCAGGGAAGGAUCUCAACAAGAAAGACAAUGAUGAACUGAUCCCGGAAGGUCUGGGUGUUGUGUCUGGAGCCAUGUACCUGAUGUGUUUAUUUUUAUUUAUACCAUUGCCAUUUUUAUCAAUAUGGUUUGAGAAAGGAGAUUAUGAUUUUCCACACCAUGAGUUCGUGAUGUUUAUAGCAGGUCUUCUGUCAAUYUGCUGCAUGAUAUUUCUUGGAUUUGCUGAUGAUGUUUUGGAUUUAAAAUGGAGAGAUAAACUGAUUUUACCAACCAUGGCUUCAUUGCCUCUUUUGAUGGUGUAUUUUGUCAAUAUUGGUAUAACUACAAUAAUAGUACCCAAGCCCUUACGCUUCCUGUUUGGUUUUGAUGUUGACUUAGGCAUACUAUAUUAUGUGUAUAUGGGGAUGCUUGCAGUAUUUUGUACCAAUGCUAUCAAUAUUCUGGCAGGAAUUAAUGGUGUAGAGGCAGGACAGUCUUUUAUAAUCGCUGUWUCCAUUGCAAUUUUCAACUGUUUGGAGUUGCAGGGWUCUUGUUGUUGGCAGGCACAUUUGUUUUCUCUAUAUUUCAUUCUACCGUACAUUGCUGUGUGUGGUGCUAUUCUUUAUUAUAAUUGGUAUCCAUCAAGUGUGUUUGUUGGUGAUACAUUUUGCUAUUUCUCUGGGAUGACAUUUGCAGUUGUUGGUAUACUSGGACAUUUCAGUAAAACAAUGCUAUUGUUCUUUGUUCCUCAAGUUUUAAACUUUGUGUUUUCACUGCCCCAACUGUUCAAGUUUGUACCGUGCCCUAGACACAGAUUGCCAAGAAUCAACAAAGAAACUGGUCUGUUAGAAAUGAGUCAUGCAGUUUUCAAAACAUCUGACUUAAACCCACUUGGUCGAUUUAUUAUUAAUGUGUUCCACACUUUACGACUCAUAGAAGUACAGUAUGACAUUGGAGAGGAUAGUCAAUUUACCAGAAUAAAUAACUUUACCAUUAUCAACUUUGUUAUUAAAGUCCUGGGACCAUUACAUGAAAGGACACUGGUUUGCAUAAUACUUGGCAUACAGAUUCUUGGUAGUUGUUGUGCCUUUAUUAUUCGUUAUCGUCUUGUUCGUCUUUUUUAUGAUGUUGAGGAACAUCAUAUGAAGUAAUAGWAUGUAGAAAAUUAAUUUAAAUAUUUUAUCAACUGGUGGCAUACUAGAAUCCUGUCUAGAUUACCACAAAGAAUUUGAUAAGUUGCACCGAUAUGACAACAAUUUACACUAUCAAUCUGAUAAAAAGUUGUCAUAUAUAUAUUUUAGACUUUAACUAAUCCAUGACUUUGAAUUACUUCCAAAUUGUACAUUUUGUAUUAUAAAAAACAACCUCGUCUUUGUCAGACAGGCUCAUGUUUUGAGCCCUCUUAGCAAAGUAGACUGAUUUCAUUGUCGUUAUCAUUUUUGACUUAAGUAAGUCUACUGCAAUAUGAUUGGCACCUUUUAUUACUGUUCCAGUCAUAUCAUAGGAAACUGUAAUUUUAGUAGCAAUAUUUCAAUUCUGAUAGCUAUCUUAAAUUUAGCCUAAAUUGUCCUAAAUAAUUUAAAAUAAAAUUUUAUAGCAAUUUUGUAAAUAGUGUAAUAAGUCAAUAAACAAAAUAAAUAAUAUAAUAUCUUUA